AACAAUAAAAUCAUAAAAUGAUAACUUGUUUAUCCAAGCAACAAUAACGACUCAACUUUGUUGCUAAUAUGUGUAUUAAACUAUAAACCUGAAUUUUGUUGCUAUGAAAUAAACUGACAAUCUUCUAGCAUGGCGGAGAAUGCACUAGAGAUAAAUCUUCCUAAAAUGCUCGUGGCAACACCGGUUGUAAAAUCAAGUUUGGAACAAGAAAGACUAUCAACUACAAGCAGUGGAUAUAAAAAGAAUAAUAAAGGACUUCAUACUGUCUAUGAGCUAACAUUUCAGGGACUACCAUGUUCCAGAUCCCUGCCUUAUAGGGCCGAUACAAGUGACCAUCUUCCUACUGGUUGGCCGUUUGAGAGAACCCAUUAUAGUUCUACCUUUACACCAAAACAAUACAGUAAAUAUAACAUACAACCUGCGUCUGUUCACCGAAAGAAUAAUCCUCAUCCAAUGGUGUUUGACCCAUGGAAACAUCCUGACAUGAGAUAUCAAAUAUGGAAGACGAGAACCAAUCAUCUCGAUACAAUUCGAGAAACACAGUCAGCCCCAGGUACUAUCCGAAACAAAGGACGACGAUCAUGGACAACUACAUAUGACGUUUCAUUUGCCGGUAAAAAUUUCGAUACCUUACCAAAGAUAAUACCAUCAUACACAAACAAAAAAGGACCUAAUGAAUGGAAUAACGCUAAUGCACCAACGAAACCCCCACCAUUAUAUAUGAUGAGUAUGUAUGAACAUGACUAUGUUGCAGACAGAGGACGCCCAAGUACUUUGCAAAGGCCUUGGGACAAAUCAUUUCAGAACUUGAACAUGUAAAAAUAGAAAAAAAGGGGACACCUCAUUUUUUAAAACGAAAUUAUUAAGCUCGAA